UCGCCAAUCGCCAAGUACGUUUAAUUACUAUUUAGAUAUUCGCGAUUUAUUUCGACACAAUUAGAGACAUCACCAUCCACAUCGGAAUGUAAGCAUGUUGGUGGCGCUGUAGUGGACCAGUAAGUAACCUGCAUCAUCUAGUGACCUUUUUCACCUGUGAUAGGUUGUAUACUGUGGUGCUGAACAUGUCGUCAGCUAUCGAUGACUUGACUAAAACGAUUAACAACAUAUCGUCCGCCAUUAUGGACUUGAAUGUUAAUGUAAACCAAUUGCUUUCAAAGUCUAAUGAGCGCGAAAGACCGCAUCAAUUCGAUUGCGGACUGUCAAGUCAGCAGUUCCCCUUUGUCAUCUGAAGAGGAACUACAGAUGCUAGAUACUGGUUUGUCGCAGAAAGAAACCAGGGACAGAUUUAUGGCAAUGGUCACUAGGUUAUCAGGUGACGAUCCAAAAACGUCCAUGCGUUUUGUUCUGUCGCAUCUGUUGACACCGGAGGUUGCCAGUAAAUUCACGUUACUUGGCACCUCUUCAAAACGAGCACUACAGAAAUGCACGUUUUACAGCUGCAUACGAA